CGAUCCGCGCUGUCCUGAGCGAGCAUCGAGAGCAUCGGUGCAGCCGCACCUCACUCUCUAUCGCACCGAGUCCUCACUAGGAAUCGAAGGUGAGUGCGGUUGCUACUUUACGCCGAGCGAAGAUGUGGCGCAGAUCCGGGCUGUGCCACAUCGCUUUGUACCGGUACCGCUGCCGCUGCCCGCCUUGCUUCUCCCUCGUGAACGGCGGCCCGUUCAGGUGGUGCCGCGCUUGUCAAAUCGGCACAGAGCGGACCGCCUUGCCGCGGUGUGCCACUGUUUCGCUCUUCCGCGCACACAUCUGCCGUUCUGCUGCCUCUCAGAUCAUUGCCUGGCUCUCCUCCCUCAUCUAUCGCCCACGCUCGUUCCUGCACUGGUCGAGGUAACGUUGUUCCUGAAACGAAAUGAGGACCAACUCACCCUGGAUUCCGCUUGCCUUCUGCUGGACGAGUUCGCCCUGCGCAGCUAAGACGAGAC